UAGUUUAGUCUCUUAACAAGAUGUCAACUAGCCUGGCUGCAGUGAUAUACAUACAAGUGUAGAGACACACACAGUAAAAAAGGCGACGACCCGUAGCAGCAUUCAGUUUCCGCUAACAUUCAGGUUCAAAGUACCUCUGUUGUAACAUAAAACAAAUACUUCUCUCUGUACAGUACGAGAAAAAAAACGACGAAAGAUGACGACUCCGGUUGUAAUUGCCGCAACGGCUCGACACACCGCAACGCUUAUAUUUCUCCAUGGACUUGGAGACACGGGACACGGAUGGGCAAGCUCGAUGGGAUCCGUGAGAUCUCCUCACGUCAAAGUAAUUUGUCCAACUGCGCCAACUAUGCCAGUGACGUUGAACGCUGGAUUCCGAAUGCCUUCAUGGUUUGACCUGAGGUCGCUCGAUCCGUCCGGUCCAGAAGAUGAGGAGGGUAUUCGUAGGGCGGCUGAAGUUGUACACUCAUUGAUUGCCCAAGAGGUCGCAGCUGGUAUACCAACGAAGAGAAUUGUCAUCGGAGGAUUUAGUCAAGGUGGCGCUCUGGCGAUGUACAGCGCACUCACGUUUCCAGAGCCUCUUGCAGGCGUCAUAGCUUUAUCCGCUUGGCUCCCUCUGCACCAGAGGUUCCCUGCUAGUGCGGUUGGCAACAAAAAUGUCCCGUUGCUGCAGUGCCAUGGUGAUUGCGAUCCGAUUGUUCCAUAUAAGUGGGGCCAAAUGACUGCCUCGUUGUUGAAGCAGUUCAUGACCAAUACAGAGUUUAAAACGUAUCGAGGAAUGAUGCACACGUCUUGCGACGAUGAGAUGCGCGAUAUGAAGAUGUUCGUUGAGAAAGUUCUCAAGCCAUAAUAAACUAAAUUAAUUGUAUCAAUUAAUGAUGGUACUAAUAAUAUAAUCAUUAUUAUUGGUAUUAUUAUUGAGAGUAACGAAUAUUAUUAUAAAUAAAAUUAAUAAUUCCAAUGACACGUUAUUUUUAGUCGUUAAUUAAGCAUACUAGGGAAGAAAAACAAACGGAACGGGAAAAAUCAAAACCGAUACGAAAUUGAAUUGUAGUCGACAGGUGUGGUAAUUUCUACCAUUCUAUUCAGUAGAAAACUACUAGUCUACAUAAAGAUUUGCGGUUUUAUUAGCACGUUGCAAUAAAAAAGAAAAACGUGUAUUUUACAUUCGUGAGUGUAAAUUUGAGCAAAAUCAUUGUAAUGAAGAAAGAAAUUAGAAUUGAAUCAAUUAAAGAAUCGACUUAUUAAUCGCAGAACUAUUUAAUGAAAUGGAAUAGAGCGAUCCUGUUAAAAUAUACCUAACUGUAUUAUAGUUAAAAAAGAUAUCUGUCAUAGGACAAAUAAUUAGAAUAUCCUAGCAAUUGAGGAAAAGCUUUUUCGCCCAGAAACCUCAGUUUAUUCUUUCCAUUUAUUAAUUAAUAUGGGUAAUGAGUAGCUAUCCAACAAUUUAAUCUAUUUUUUUCGUUGAAUUUACUCCUCGAAGAUUCUUAAAAACU